CUAAUUUGCAAACUUUGUUAUCAGAUUUUUUCUUAUCAUCUCUAGUCAAAGUCUAAACUCAUAAGUUUUCAAAGAAUGGGAAACUAUACUAUCAAGUUGGGAGAUACUUAUCAAGAUAACAGGGAGAGAGCUAUAACCUGUGCUUACAGUUUCGAUAGAGUUGAAAAGGUAACUUUUUAUCCACAAAUGAACGCACUACUCGUAUUUGGAGAAUUAGUUAAUGAUACCGAAAUGCAGAAGAAGAUAGAUGAGAUUUAUAACCCAAACAAACAAAAGAAGUGCCCAUUGUGUUCUCAUGUGCUUGAUUAGUCCUAAAUAAGGAUAUGGUGUUUAUAUAUUAAAAUCUCUUAUAUUUGUAUAAGUAUUUGGAUCAUAAAUAAUUGUAUAGUGCUUAACUAUGAAUUCAUGUUUUAUAAAAGUGUUUGGAUCUUGCUCUGAUUA